AUGUUCAAAAAAGUGAACAACUGCAAAUUGAAGUCUCAUCAGUGGUGCCUUACUCAUAAAAGGCAAUGUGCGUUGGUUGGGGCUGGUCCUGACUACAAUUGUGCAGGUCUACCAUGUUGGGACUACAGUUUCGCAGGUAAACGCUUGCAAGAAGAAGGUGAAACAAAACGGGUCUUCAUUGCAUACGCUGCCUAUCACUGCUCUCAGCGAACACCAUUAUUGGUAAUUGAGAAUGUGAAGGGGCUCCGCAUUGAGAUGAUCAAAUGGCUAUUCUGCUUGCACUAUGAUAUCCACAUUUUGGUAUGCGGAGUAGAAGAUCAAGGUCAUGACGGAGCGUCAAGGGACCGACUUUGGAUAAUUCUGUCUCACAAGGAACGUACCAAACAAUUGUUCGACCCUGCUGAGCUCUACAGAAUGGUGUGCAAGAGCAUCCGUACCUAUGUUUGCACCAAACCUGCAGAUUACAGCAUUGCACCACCUGUGGAGAUCAAGAAUGAAGCGAUGCAUCUGGCAACAGACAACUACAGAACUCUUCUCACAGGUCGUGAACUCCAAUGUUUGGAUGACGCAGAAGAGGAAUACCGGAAGAUUUACCAGCAGAGUCCUGAACAAGACCCAGACCUUGUCAUCUACCUCGGCGAUACUUUUUGUGUGCGGAAAACCUGGAGUGGAACAUCGAGGAGAAUUCCCACCUUUAGAGCUGGUGGUGGCCUGAUGUGGUGGUAUGCACAGAAUCGAUGGAUGACGAACCGGGAGCGUCUCAGCUCAUUGGCUUUCCCUGUCACUUCGGAAGUGGCAUCCUCCAUGAACGUGCCACAGCUGCCCAUUCGAGACCAUUCUCGAGCAUCUGCAAUCAGCGGAAAUUCGAUGUGUUUUGCCACUGCAGCUAUCGUUCAACUUGUGGCACUGAUAUGUUUCCAGCAGACUUGCUGA